UCCCCUGCAAAUAUAUACAAACAUGACCUCUUGGCAGGCUGGAAAACAAGUAUGAACUCUGGGACGAUUGGUACAUAAAACUCGGCAGUUUAGACAAGGGGAUCCAAUGGCAAGCAAGGGAAGAUUGUCAGAUGACCAGAAGAACCAACUAGAACAAUGGAUUGGACAGGGCCACAAGGACUUUGUGUUGCUGUUCAGCUUUUCCAUAGACGGCGGAACAGCAAGUGCUUUCCACAACAAGUGCAACAACCAAGGUCCUACAGUCACUGUGAUACACAAUGAGCACAAGUCCGUGUAUGGGGGAUACACUAGCCAGUCGUGGACAUCAUGCGAUGACAAUGUGACCGACCAGCAGGCAUUUCUCUAUCAGCUGCAGUUUUCUGGAGAUAUUAAAUGUAAUAAAUUCCCAGUAUCCAAUCAUUCGCGGGCAUUAAUUGAUGUGGCUGGUUGCGGACCGAUUUUCGGGCGCGGUAGACAUGAUUUGUGGACGUUCAACAGUGCCACAAAGAUCGGAGGCUUUUACAAAUUGGUUGGUAGUAGGAAUGGUUUUGGAACCGACUACAACGUAAGCGGUACAAAAGCAACACAAGUCAACAAUGACACAAAAAGCGUUGAAGAACUGGAGGUUUAUAAAGUCGUUGAUUGCAGUGGGAACUGUGCUCGCCAUGUUGUACCGAAACCUAUAGAAGAAAAGCCAUGGCGAAAAACGACCCAAUGGAGUCAGAAGAAAAUGCUGGAGGACAUAGCUUCUCUUAAGCCAGUAUCUGGGCUCGGCGUAAAUGACUUCCGGAUUGCAAUGUUUGGGCCGGUGGGAGAGGGAAAGUCCAGCUGCGUCAACAGUCUGUUGUCAACGUUUGCUGGUAGAAUAUCACAGCGAGCGUCUACGGGGUGUGGCAGAACAGGCACGACGACAUUGUACACGCCAUAUCCACUGAAGUCCAGUUCUGGGUCAUCGGCAAACAUUCGAGUUUAUGAUACUCCUGGAUUUACUGAAGCUUCUGGAUUGGAUCUGAUAGAUUUCUAUCACAUAUUAGAGGGGCAUGUUUGCGAUCACUUUAUGAUGCAUCCAGUCAUGAUGCAGGUAGUGGCGGAUCAACACCCACAUGCUCAUCCGAGACCACAAAGUCUUCCAAGUCAACUGAAGAAUCAUUGGUUUCACCCAUCAACCCACAUCACAUGGAAGUCAGAGAAGUUUGUUCAGAAACCAACAAUGAGCCAUCGUAUUCAUUGUGGAGCGAUCGUCAUUGGUGCUACGACGGUUGAUGCUUUCACAGAUGAAAACACGUCUAAACUGAAAGCACUAAAAUCUUUGAUGGACGAAAAAGGGAUCCCUUGUGUUGCCCUGCUGACCAAAAUCGACAAGAUUGCUCCUGAACUGGAGGACAACUGGAAGACGACCUUUAAAGAUCCAAAGGUCAAGGAGUGCGUGGAAAAAGCAGCGACCGUCAUUGGUAUCAGUAGAAACAACGUGCAUCCAGUGAAGAAUUACGAGAUAGAAGUAGAGGUCGACGAAGAUUUGAAUGUGCUGUCACUGUUGGCGUUGCGGCAAAUCAUACACCUUUCGAUGGAUCACAUGGAAAACGUGAAGUUGCGAGACGGCGGAAAUGAUGUUGCGGAGAGCGCGGAAGCGGUGGGGUCAGAUACCGCUUAAAUUACAAAGCAGUUUUUAUUAAGUAAUGUGAGAUGGAGUUAAUCUUGCAGGGUAUUCACGUGUUAGAACUAAUUCGGAUUCUUUAUUAUCAUUUUGCUAAUUCAUGGUUAAAGUUUAAUGAAUACAUUUGUAUGACACUUUAUUGUCUUGGUGACCUUUAGCACAAAAAGGGUGUCCGAUUGAUAGCUAGAGUGUGCUCGGGCGUCAAGCUUAGAAGGGGCAUAAUGACUUGCAAAUAAACCCUAUUGAAUUUACCGUCUGAAUUUCAAACGUCAGUGUCGCGGUGACCUUGAACACAAAAGACUUUAUCUGAAUAAUACUUAGUGUCUGUUCGGGCCUACGGUUUUCAAUCUUGAUAGGGAUUUUGAUCAUGACAAGCAGAUGAUCCCGAUUGAAAAUUAGGUCAAAUGACAUGGUCGCGGUGGCGGUGACCUGUACCCUUCUGAUUUUGUACUCAUUAGGUCAAAAGUCAUACUGGAAAAAUAUGUUUAACCACUUAAAUUAACGUUUAAGCAACUAUCUGUAUAACUCUAUAAAUGGUUUGGCCCAUAUUCUGAACUUUAUAUUAUCCAUUGAAUUAAUUAACUGGUGAAUUACUAUUACUACUAUACUUAAACGUGUAAGGAUGUUGGUCAUAACCUUAAAUUGCCCAACAUACAUAUAAUGCGAAUGACUAAUUGCCUGCCCUGAUGGAUGCUUACAUGUUUUACAAACAUCUUCUGUGCUCAAAUAAUAGCCUUCUGUCCGAUAAGGCCCAAUUAGGGGUAUUUGUCACGUUACUGUGACAGCUUAUGUUAGUUUUAAUUUGUAUUGUCUUGUACUUUAUAAGUAUGGCUUUGCCUUAAUACUAGUUUGUUUCAGUGUUUUAGUUGUCAGCUGACAGUUCAUUUAUUGUAUUACAUAUAUAAGUUUUUUUUAAAUUGUAUAUUUCUUGUUACAAAACCAAAAAAAAAACGAUCAGAAAAAGACAUUAACAAUGGUUAUAAGUUUGUUCAAUCUUUGCGUUAUAUGUUUAUAAUUUUCAAUAACGGACGCAUGUAACACUGUGUUUCUAAUGUGUACGUGUAAGAAUUCUAAUGAUUUUAUGAUACAA